AUGCAGGGGCCAUCAAAUAGUGAAGGAGCUGGCAAAGUCAGCCUGUUGAAGAAAGUACCAGCACUAAAGGAUGGAGACUUCACCCUAGCAGAAUGCACUGCCAUUCUGCUGUACCUGACUCGAAAGUACAACACUCCCGACCACUGGUACCCAUCAGACAUCCAGAAACGGGCCCAGGUAGAUGAGUACCUCUCCUGGCACCAUGCUAACAUCAGGGCUAAUGCUCCCAAGACCAUGUGGAUCAAGGUGCUGAUUCCCCUCUUCACAGGGCAGCCUCUGCCCUCCGAGAAGCUCCAGGAGGUUAUGGAAGGGCUGUCCACUUCCCUGAAGCAAUUUGAGGAGAGGUUUCUGCAGGACAAGGCUUUUAUCAUUGGGAGUGAGAUCUCCCUGGCGGACCUUGUGGCCAUUGUGGAGCUCAUGCAACCUGUUGGAGUUGGCUGUGACAUCUUCGAGGACAGGCCCAGGCUCAGGGAGUGGCGCAGGCGGGUGGAGGAUGCGGUGGGGAAAGAGCUUUUCUUCCAAGCCCAUGAGAUGAUCCUCAAUAUCAAAGAACUGAGCAACAUUCAAAUUGAUCCACAGCUGAAAGAGCAACUGACACCUGUGUUGAUGAAGAUGAUGAAAUGA